AUGGUGAUUGACCGUUUGUUUGUCUGCCACACCAGACCAGACCAAACCAACCCAAACCAAACCUCAUCCAACCAACCUCAUCCUCUUCCUUAUUACGACUCUGCUUCAACUCCCCUCCACCUCCCCUCUUUCUCCAGCCUCAAUAUUUUUUCUUUAUCCUCAUUCUUCACGAGCUCCACCCCGACGGCUGAGCUUCGGCGAGUAUCAAGAGACCCGCCGCCGAUAGAGGUCUGCUCACCUGGUUUCUCUCGAGAGCCAGGCGAAGGGGCAGAUCUACAAGUAUUCGAUCUGGCAAACAAUCGACCGCCCUACACGCCCUCCCCCGCCGCACCCGACCACCCCAACCUUCCUUCCCCCCACGAACCGCCCUCGUCCCGCCCGAGGCGUUCCGCAGCCGACAACAUCUCAUCGUCAACCCGCCGCGAGCCCCUCGUCGGUGGUCAUCAGGAUACAUCGAGCGCUGCGGGGAGGAUCCUUCCGUCUACUCGUCGACGUCGCCGUCGGAGCUCUUCAUCCACCGAGGAGACAGAAGCCCAAUUAGACCAUCGACCGCCGAUCGAGGCCGGUGCCUCCGACCAGACCACGAACCACCCCCGUGGUCCUUACGAGGUCCACUUGCCAUCCACAAAGCGCAGGCGCCUGGCAAAUAUGCGGCCCGAUGGAGUUGCAACCACGAAAGGCUCCACGGCGUCUCCGUCCCACAAGGCCGGCUUGCUCCACGCCCGGAACGGCCAAGGAGCUCAAUUCGCCAACGGCGAGGCGCAAACGAACGGGUCCCAGAAGCUCUCAAUGCGCCCGCCAUCAUACUUCGGUCAUGACCGGGAGGAAGUCACACGCAUUUUGAUACAGAGCCUGUUCGAGCUGGGAUACGAGUCGGCGGCGGAUGUGUUAAGCAAAGAGAGCGGCUAUGAGCUGGAGAGUCCGGCUGUGGCGACGUUCCGAAAUGCGGUCCUAGAGGGACGAUGGGCCGAGGCACAGACGAUCCUGAUCCAGUCUUUUUACCCGGAUGGAAAUGGGCGAACACCGGGCGUGGGCAAGCAGGCGUCGAGUAAAGAGAGGCUGGUGUUGGUGGAGACCGCCGAGUUGAAUGAGAUGCUCUUCUACCUGCGGCAGCAGAAGUUCCUCGAAUUGUUGGAAGCUCGCGACCUCGGAGCGGCGUUGACGGUUCUUCGCCAUGAGUUGACCCCUCUCAACUACGAUAUUGGACGUCUCCAUGCCCUGUCCAGUCUUCUCAUGUGCCCUCCGGAGCACCUCCACAACCAAGCGGGUUGGAAUGGGCCCAUCAGCUCGUCUCGCGAGCGGUUGUUGGCCGAAUUGUCCAAAUCGAUAUCGCCUUCCGUGAUGAUCCCGGACCAUCGUCUCGCUUUAUUGCUCGACCGAGUCAAGCAGGAUCAGAUCAACAACUGCCUGUAUCACAACACUGCUUCUCCACCGUCACUCUAUUCAGAUCACAUGUGUGACCGGGCCGACUUUCCACUCCGCACAGCCCUCGAACUGAGCCAGCACUCCGACGAGGUGUGGUAUUGCCAGUUUUCGCACGAUGGCACAAAGCUAGUCACGGCAGGCCGCGACCACAGUGUGAUAAUCUACGACGCAACCACCUUCGCCGUCCUCCAUAAACUCGUGGAACAUGAGGCGGGCGUAGCCCAUGCCAGUUGGAGCCCGGACGACACCAAGCUCAUCACUUGCUCUCAGGAUAAGAAGGCUCGGGUAUGGAAUGUAGAGACUGGCAAUUGCAUCUUGACCAUCGAUCACCAUCGGCAACCAGUGACCGCCGCGGCGUGGGCUGCGGAUGGCGAGACCUUCGUCACGGCGUCUCUGGACCUAAACCUACAAAUGUGUCACUGGAGUAUGCGUGGGCAGGUCAUCCAUAUGUGGCCCGGUGGUUUCCGUGUACAGGACUGUGCCAUCACUCCCGAUGGGCGACGACUGAUCGCAGCGGACGUGGAAGAGAAGAUCCACGUCUACAACUUCCAUACGCACGAAGAGGAAUAUUGCCUGGCCCUGAAAAGCAAGCCGACGUCUAUUGCCAUCAGCCAAGAUUCGCGCCACAUGCUGGUGAAUCUGUCCGAGGGUCAAAUACAACUGAUCGACAUCGACACGACGGAUGUCAUUCGACGGUUUCAAGGGCAGAAACAAGGUUCUUUUGUCAUCCGAAGUACCUUUGGAGGCGCUGCAGAGAACUUUGUUGUUAGUGGGAGCGAAGAUUCCCGCAUCUACGUCUGGCACAAGGAAAACAAGACUUUAGUAGAGACGCUCGACGGGCACAUCUCUGGCUGUGUCAAUGCGAUAUCAUGGAAUCCCACCAACCCCGGCAUGUUUGCCUCUGCGGGAGAUGAUUACUUGGUUAGAAUCUGGACGCGAGAACGAGAUGCGCAUCCCAAUACGAUGGCGGCAAAACACCGAACGGCAGCGACACCUGGUGGAUUUGCACGCACCAGUGCUCUCCGCUCGACAUCCAGCUUUCAAUAA